GGUCGUAAAACACGCUGCAACGCGUUUUGCCGGUCGAUUUCGGUCUUGGUUUCGCUGGUGUCGUCCCGGCUGCGUGCGAAAACAUUAGUGUUCGGCGGGUGUUCUUCACUUUGGCUUGGCAAAGCUGACAUUGAAGCAGUGUGCUGCGUUCCUUGCGAUCGCUGUUUAUCACUAUAAAAAUGAGCCCAUUCGCGUUCUGCUAUUAAACUCAUCGUUCGGAGUGACCCGUCCACAAAAGUGCUGUGCCUCAUGUGUCUCUAGAAAAUUAGUCAUUUUUAAUCAAGUGGCGCACCGUUUCUCGGUGCAACUGGCCAUAUACUAUGAAUGUGUCGCAGCGUUGUUUCUACUUGAGCGCCUUCAAACCCAGCUGCAGAGCGAUCUUGUUUCGGCAAGACGUGCAACAUCGCAUGCUGGCGCAUAGAAAAUGCAAGCCCAUACUUCAGACGAUCGGCCGGCGACUCCAAGUGACAAUCGCACAACCAGCGACCGAACAGCUGACGGAGAAGUCUCAGAGAGCUGUAGGAAAGUGGCUCCUUGCCUGCAGUGGCAUGGCCUUCGGUUCCAUCGUGCUAGGAGGUGUCACGAGGCUCACGAAAUCUGGCCUUUCAAUGGUGCACUGGAACCCAUUUGCAGAAUUUCCGCCUUUCGGACAACAGCAGUGGGAGCAGGAGUUUCUGAAGUACCAAGAAUAUCCGGAGUACAAAGCGUUCAACCAGGAGAUGACACUGGCCGAGUUCAAGCGCAUUUGGUACAUUGAAUACCUUCAUCGUAUGUGGGGCCGCACUAUUGGUGCAGUGUUUUACACUGGUGCUGCCUGGUUCUGGUGGCGGGGCUACCUGAGUCGCCGGGCAAAGGUGCACGUUGGCCUUCUAGCUGUGGGGCUGGCUUUUCAGGGGUUCCUUGGUUGGUACAUGGUCAAAAGUGGCCUCCAGGACCAACCUCAUGUAAGCCAGUACCGUUUGGCUGCUCACCUAGGCACUGCGUUGGUCUGGUACAGCCUGGCGUUUUGGUCUGGCAUCUCCCAUCUGUCAACCCAGCCCAUGCAUGCUUCUGCACUGAUGUCAGCAACCGUGCAGAGGUGCGCCCACGGAGUCCUCGGGUUGGUGUUUGUCACUGCCAUGUCGGGCGCAAUCGUGGCAGGCUUGCGAGCAGGCCUCGUCUACAACUCCUUUCCCAAGAUGGCUGAUCGCUGGGUGCCCUCCGAUAUAAUGGCACUUGAACCCAAGCUGCGCAACUUCACCGAAAACCCAACAACUGCCCAAUUCGACCACCGAAUACUGGGUGAAAGUGUGGUGGUCCUUGUGACUAGCCUCUGGCUUUGGGGCAGGAGGCAACCACUACCACCUCGUGCAAAGAAGGCACUGCACUGUCUUCUAGCAGCAGCUUGGCUCCAAGCUACCCUGGGAGUCUCCACCCUCUUGACGUAUGUUCCUGUAUCACUCGCAUCAUCACACCAGGCAGGAGCGGUCACCCUGCUCUCAGUGGCCCUGUGGCUAACCCACGAGCUCAAGCUGCUCAGGAGGAUACCAAAGUGAAUACGCAAGGCCACCUAAGUUUGCUAAAGUAUGUAUUAUUGUACCAUGUGACAAGAAUAAAACUUCCCAGAAGUGA